AUGGCGCUCUGGUUCCCGGGAGCCGCGGUCCCCGCCGCGUCGCGGACGCCCCAGCUUUCGCGGGCCCAGCGCUCUCGGGUUUCUAUGGCAACCUGCGGAACGCCGGACGGCGAGCGGCUGGGCCAAACUUGGUGGAACGCGAAGCCGCCUCCUCACGCACGCAUGCGCAUAGGAAAGGAGGCCGGCCUGGGACGUUCCGACUCUAGCCCGGGCUUCGCGCCGCCACUCAACGCCUGUUUUUCAACCCCCUUGGCUGACGGAUACAGCCCAUCAUACGCAUUGGUCUUCAAGGCAGGUUUUGGGCUGGCUCUCUCCCUUGCAGAUGCAGUCAGCUGGGUCCGAGGACACCCCAGCCACCCAGACAUACCAUCCAACAUCUACGAAGGUGGCCUGGGGACCCAGCAGCAGCAGUGCCCCAAUACCCAGGGAAGCAAGCCCAAGAACUUCCGGCUGCGUCACCUCCGAAGCCUGGCUUUUUACCUGCCAGGCCACGUGCAGCCUGCCGGCCAGUGUGAGAGCCACUGGCUGGGCCGGCUGCUGGCUGGGGGCAGCCUGCCACGGCCUGAAGGCUCAGCCUGGCCCCUGGACCUGUCCCAGGGAACUCUGGGUCCAGGUAACAGCCACUCCUCAGCCCUUCUGGAAGGCCGAAAGCCCAGGGACAACCUGGGAAAUAAAGCUUCCAGUUCCGGCAUGGACCCAGCUAUGGGUGCCCCUUCCCAGCUCAUUCCCCCUGAGGGCUUGGGGCUUAGGUCCAAGAGAUCCUGGAGGGCCCUGGAGGAGUCCAUGUGUCCCUUGUGCAAGAGAACCCGCUCUGGGGCAUGUGAGAGGUCCUAGGGGUUCAGAGAGCCAGGGCUGAGGACAGCAGGGAAAGUAUGGCAGAAGAGCAGGAAGAGGCAGAUCCCAGAGCAAAGGCUCAGCCUCAGCAGCAGCCCUCCCCCAGGGAGAUGCCACCCCACCCCCCAGCUGCCCAGCUCCGGAUCUGGGCCAGCCUCAGGAAGGUGAGGGGGGAGGGAAGAGGCCCGUGGGAGGGAUAGAAGACAUGGAAGCGUGGCCAUGCCCUCACAGCCCAGACUCCAGUCAGCCACUUGGACCCGAGAGGCCAGGAGGAGAGGCUGGCAAGUCCUCAGGUCUAAUCUCAGUAAAAGCCAAGGCCUGCACCUUCUUGUCACUGAUCUGUCAUCACGUGAGUUUGGGAAAAUAGCCCAGUGUUAGCUGGGACAAACACACACACACACACACA